AUGACCGCUUUCGAACUCCCGGUCAUUUUCAAUAAUGACCAAGAUCCAGUCUAUCUUCGCGAGAGAGAACUCUUCAAAAUGAUUCCAGUACUCGUCAGAUCCGUCGAGGGUUCCCACCCUAACUGGGAGAACCAAGACACCAUCGUAUCUGAGAAGGUGAGCGUUCCAUUCAAAAAAGAGGUUGCCGAGUUCAUCUUUUCACACCUCCGCGAAUACGACGUCAUCGACGACAGUAAACUCGCCAUCGAGAAGUUCGUUGACGCUGAUCAAAAAGGACUUUACGAGCUGAAGGAAAUCCUCGAGUGUGCCAACUACUUUGAAUGUCAGCCUUUCAUGAAUUGCAUCGGUUUCGUUAUUGCCAAGAAGCUUGACACAAAAAGUAUCGAAGAAAUCGCUGAUUUCUUCGGUGUCAAGGCAGAACCGGAAGGAAAAUGGUUCGACGAGGACGAUGGAUGGCUUCACCCACCAGCAGAAGUUUUCCAGGGCUAG